CGUGAUUUUCUCGCACCUGCGAGACAGUUUUGGAGGGUUUUGUGUAUUUGGCGAAGUCUGUGGGUUCUUGGUUCGAAUCCCGAGAAUUUCAACACAAGACGAGUGAUUGAGUGCAGUGAACAUGUUCCUAUAGAAGCAUCACAAUGGUUCGAAGGACCCCGAGAUCAGGGAAGAAUAAAAAGGACACAUCAGCAGAAAUAAAUGAAGAUUCUUUUGAAAAAGCUAAAAAGGGGAAACAAACCUCCUCCAAGGGUAGUGGACCAAAGCCCAGGAGAAGUGCUGAAGUUUCCAUAUCACCAAUUAAAAGUCCUGCAGCUGAAAAGGAUGAAGAAUUGAUUGAGAGUGAGGCUCCAGAUGAAAAUGAGGCUGAUUCACCACAAAGAGAUGGCGGUCCUUCAAAGGAGGACCUUCUUUCCUCUCUCGCUCUUUCAGACAAGAAAAAACUGAAAGCAAAAGAGGAUGAAGAAAAGCAGCUCCCCAAAAUACGCUCUUCCAAGAGAACACGUAUGCCCAAUGUCAGACUGGAAGACCAGGAAAAGAGCGAGGAUUCUAAUAAUAAGAAGAAGAGUGUGAAGAAAGAUGGAAGUAACUCAGCUGGAAAAGACAAAAGCAAUCCCAGUGUUAAAAAAACAGAACUGUCAGGUAGUCCGAAGCCUGCAUAUAUCAGUGACUUUGAUGAUGGUGCUGGUGAGGAGUCGGUGAAGAAUAAAUCCAAGGAACAACAAUCAAAAGAUGAGUCUUUGAAUGACAAGAACAACCAUGACAGAGAGGACGUGACACCAAAGUUAAAGAAACGAAAAGGCAAAGAAACUAAAAAACAAUCUAAAACAAAGGGAGACAACUCUGUUGAAGUGCAGGAUACCAGUGUAAAUGAUUCAAAUACUGUGAAUACUUCAAGAGGAAAAUUAAAAGGAAUUGUUGACAAGGAAAAGGAAGAAGAUUCAUUGGAUGAAUCAUUUGAUGCAACAACGUUGCCCACAUCAACUCCAUUACCAAGUCGAGGUCGAGGUCGGGGCCGAGGUCGGCCAAGGGGCAGUAGAGGAAGAGGUAGAGGUAGAGGUGCUUAUCGGAGAGAGAAAGGUGAUGAUGAAAAUAAUUCUUCUCGACAUAGCACCUCUGUGGAUGGGGACAGUAGUAUAUCCUUCAGAACAAGCUCAAGGAAAAGAAAAGCGAAGAAAUAUUGUGAUGACAUUGAGUUAGGUUCAGACAUUGCAAGUGACAGUAAUGGUAGUGAUGAGGAGGAGGAGGAGGAGGAGGAGGACAGUAAGAAAAAGAAAACUAAAAGAAGAAAGGUUAAUGUAAGUGAUGAGGACAGUACAAGCGAGGUUUCGACCGUGGGACGCAAACCCAAGGGCAGAGGGAAGAAGAGAAGUUUGGAUGAAUCUUGUGAACUGGAAUAUACCCCUGUGGCUAAAAGAGGCAGACCAAGGAAAACACCUACCAUUCAAAUAAAAUCUCCAGAAAUUGUGCAGGCAUCCACUUUGUGUACGAGAUGCGACAAGGAUCUUAUAACUCUGGCAGGACUCAAGUUCCACCUCAUGACAGAACACCAGGCACUGUGGGCCAAGGAUUGCCCUGAAGGAAAGACGGACAUCGCGGCGCUGAAGAGGAUCAUGAAGGCCCAGGGGAAGCUGGUGUGUCAGAAGUGUAGGAAGGAGCUGCGGCACUACCACUACUACGUCCACCACAUCCAGUGGUGUGGCCGGGAGGAGGAGCGCACGGUGUGCGAGGUGUGUGGCCGGUCCCAGAAGUCCAUGUGGUACCACGCCCACCUGGUGUAUCACAAGAAGAGGGACAAUGAUGAGGAGAAGUUCAAGGUGCAGGAAGAGAAGGACCAAAAAGAAAAAGAAGAAGGGGGUGAAGAUCUCAACAAGCUGGGGAAGAAGAAAAGAAAAUCAGCCAAAAAGGCCAUGCAGACCUUGGCUGAGAUCGGGGCAGACGAGAAGAAGACAUCUCGGUCUGGUCGGAGGAAGGGGGACUCAGAAGAUGACUACAGUGGAGCAGAAGACAGCGAUGUUGACAGAGACUUUCAAGGCAGCGGUGACGAAGAAGAAGAAGAAGAUGAUGAUGACGCUGAUCAUGAAAUUGAGGAUAAUGAGGGUGUUACAACCAAGGAUAAAGUGAAAAUGAAGAAAUCCUACAGAAGCUAUACAACAAACAGUCCUUACUUCAGUGAUCAUCCGGACUUCUUCCUUGAAAUACUGGCAGCCAAGGAACAAGAAGACAACAAUGUCCUCUUCCCAAAGUUGAUACCCAGAAACAACAACUGGAAGGAGUUGCCGACAGAGGAAGCCGGAAGUUACAUGACGGAUAGGAAUAGUCAUCCAUUUGUUGUGAAACGUGGCAAUGAUAAAAACGAUGCCAAACAACUGAGAAUCUCCGAAUGCAUCACAUCCACAGGUCAUUCAACCUGCUACACAGGGUACUCCGUGUGGGGCCUGGCCUGGUGCCCUGUACCAUUCAAGAAAACAGCCAAUCAAAUUGCAGCAGUGUCUUGUAACUUAACAUCGGAUCACGCAACAAAUAAGACGUUCAGUGAACCCGCAGUUGUACAAAUCUGGGACUUCGGAGAGUUAACCUGCAACAACAGUUCCACUCCCGAUCCCAAACUUGCAUUCAGUAUUGGCCAUGACUACGGGAGUGUGUGGCAGGUGUGCUGGUGUCCUAAAGGGGUUUGGGAGGAACCCGUCGUCACGCUGGACAAUACAAAGGAGGAUUUCCCCAGGCUGGGCCUACUGGCGCUGGGUUGUUCUGAUGGAACCGUCAGAAUCUUCAGUAUUCCGCAUCCACAAUUCUUGGCAGCUACAAGUGAUGUGUACUUCCCUACAGAAGAACAGAUACAAAGGGAGAGAACUCCUCCUGUCUACAAGGCUCAACCUUGCCUCACACUAACGAGCAGACCCAACUCAGACACCGGCAGCUGUUUGUGCGUUGACUGGCAGAAGGCAGGAGGCAGUCAGUUCAUCCUGGCAGGCUACUCACAAGGAUGUGUCCAGGUCUAUGACCUCAUCACAACUUCUCCCCUACUGAGAGUGCUGAACAACACAGUGGAGAGUAUCUUCCCUUCUCGUGCCUUCCCUGCUCACCUCCGAGCCGUCACAGGGUGCUCAUGGAGUGAAACGGUCCCGUCCUGUUUUUCAACCGCUGGUCGAGACAAGGUGGUGAUGUUCUGGGAUAUGGACAAUCCCAAUCGACCAUACGACAAGUGGUUAUCAUCCGACAUGGGCAUGCUGACUAGUAUCAAGUGGGCGAGCAGAGUGUACAACGGAGUGGUCACUGCGCAGGACGACUGCCUCCACUUGGCUCACAACACAUCCUAUUACCAGGAAACUGGCUUCAGUGGCCUCCAUGGCUUCUUCGACAAGGCGCUGUGUGUCCACAACUCGGUGGUGUGGGAUGUGACGUACUCACCCCACUUCAAUGUGCUGCUGUCCUGUGAUGGUAGCGGCUGUGUCGUGGCUGUGAAGACUGUCGACCUGCGGAUUCCGUCAUCUAAGUUCACCAAGGGAACCCCCAGAAGUAAAGCGAUUCUGUACACGACCCAUAUCACAAGUCCAUCAGCUGAAGAGAAGUCUGAAGCCGAGUCACCAUCCGAGGAGUCAGAUCAGCCCUGCAUUGAGUUCAGCGACAGUGAACAUAUGAGUCACAUCCGGGCACUCAACUCCAAGGAUGACACUGGCUAUAAGAUGCCAAGCAUUUCGGUUGGCGCCAUUGAUGCUGCUCCGCUACAAUCUGUGUACAGAAUAUCAGUGAAUCCCAACUUGGAGAGCUGCACCUGGAUACUGAGUGGGGGCGAGGCUGGCUUUCUGCGGCUCCACAACCUGUGUGGCAUGUUGACAAGCACAGCCAAGACAGAGCUCGGCAUCUCGUAGCAUCGAGCUGCACCUCCCAAACCUAACUUACAAGAAACUGAUGCCUUUAGAGUGAUGACUAGAAGGGCAGCCAUCGUGAGUGGGAACAGUUUUACAGACACAUAUGCAGAUGUAGACUACUGAUGCUUUGGAAUACAUAUACCUCCUUAUGAUCAGCUUGCAUAUCCCCAUACUCGUUACAGUUAGAUAGCAGGACUUGUCAGCUUGCAUAUCACUUGAAACAGUAUGGCCAUGCCAAUAUUUCUGGCUUACAGAUUUAAAAAAACCAAUCAAACACAGCAGGGGUUGAUUUGAUGGUAUUUACAAAGAAACUGGUGAAUGUUGAUAUAGAAGCUAAACAAUUAUUGAUGGUAAUUUGGAAAUGACCAUUCCAUAAAGUCAUCUGAGUGCUAUGACAGUCGUGUGUACCAUACUCUGACAUACAAUAGUCAAGGCUGAAUGAUAUUAAGAUGUUGUGUGAUGAGUAGUACAUGAGGAAAACAAUCAUUCAAGUCUCAUUAUGUACAUUUAAUAUUGUAUAUAGGUUGUAUAUAUAUCUAUAUAUGGUCAUGUUACCAUAGUUACAGAGGAGACAAAUCCUGUUCAACUUUCUGUGUUCAGUCUGGUGUUUAAGAAAUUUAAAAACGAUGACUUGAAUUUUACAUUAUAAAUCAAUUAACUUUGAUGUUUGGAUAUGUUGUCAUACAAAUAGGAUGUGGUUUGGGCUGGACUGGACACAUGUUGACCUUCACUUCAUAAUGAACAAAAUUAAACAUUUAUAUACGUUGUUGUCUCCUGACCUUAGUCUGUGUAUAAACUGUGCAAUGCUUAUUGCGAUAUUGUGGAAAUCUUCUAAAACUUUGCACACUUGCUCCCAUAUAUAGUUUUGAAGCAUGCAUCAGUUCUAUGCCCAAAUCGUAUAGUAUUCAUACGCCAACAUCUCCAAACAUCCAGACAGAUUUAUAUCUCAUCUGGGCCCCGCCCCACAAAGCGAUCAUAGCGCUACGACUGUCGUAAGUCUGUGUUAAAGUAUCGGAGUUACGAUCGUCUUAGCGCUACGAUCGCUUUGUGGAACGAGACCCUGCACACGAAGAAUAUCACCAUCAGGUGUUUAGUAGUAUGUUUCAUCAGGAGUCUUCAAUUUAAGGAUGUGACAUCAUGCAUCACUGAUUAUCAGAUACACUCUCAUUGUCACGGAUCAUCACGAGGGGCAUUUUCCAGGUUUGUCAAGUGAGAAAUGGAAUGACACGUGUAAAUGAUGACUUUUGCCAUUUGCAAAUACAUUGUAAUGAUUGGUUAUUCCAUACAGAUUUCUUAAUGACACAAUCUACAUGAUCUAGACAUUGUAAUUGUUCAGAACGUUUGCAUUGGAAGUACUGAAUUGUUAUUUUCUUGUUCAUGCAUAAUCCAUAUUUAGGUUUCUGUGUACCUUAAAUUCUUGUGAACAUCAUCUGUGUUCAUUCUGCUGUUCAAUCUACAGCUAUAAACUUAGACCAUAAUGAUUUUGCUAGAUUUGACAAGACCUCAAAACUUCCACAAAUGUCAAAUUCAGUCUUGACUUGUGACACCAGCAUCCUAGUGUGUGCUUCCAUGUAGGUCCUUGACCUUCCACUUGUUGUCAAGGCAACUGGGUCCGCUGACCUCUCUACCUGGUAGGAUGUUAUAGGUGUCCCAGAAAGAACCAAAGCUGUCUUAUGGCUAGCCUUGAGUGGGUGUUUGACACUGAGUCUGGCUAGACAAACCAAUGGUUGAUAGCUUGAGCAAACAUGAUGCACAAUCCACCCAAUUAUAUUUGUUAAUGUGUGUGCAUACCAUGAUCCUGAUGUUCUUGACACCCCUGGUUUGCCUAGUCCAGGCUUGAACUCAGCAUCAAGAUCCAGCUGUACUGUUGCUGAGGAUGACAUUGGUGUCGUACUUCUUCCAUUCACAGGGCCACAUGCUGUCAGGUUCAAGGAGUGUAUGGAGUGGCUGUGUUGGCCACUGAUUCUGUGCAUGUUUGGGAAUGAUUCUUUCGUAAUGGGUUUAUGCAGUAAGACUUGUAUUUUUCUAAUAUGACAGCAUUGACUGUUGAUUAAGUUCUUACUUUGUUUUUAGUGUUUUUAGAAUGAGAUGUGCAAUAAAGUUGUGUUCAUGUUU